AGACGGGAUAGGCCGCACAAUGUACAGUGCAAGCGCAAAUCCCAUUCAAACAGGUGUGCGGAGCCCGAGCAGCAUUCCCAGGUGGCGCAUGUUGAGCGGAUGUGUGGCCGCGCAUCGGAGCAGACUGUCAGCAUCUUUACGCCUUUUUUUCUUUUUUUUUUUUUUUUGAAGGCUCGAGCAACAACCCACACCCGAAAAUAGUGAUGGCUGUUAGAAAGUAGGUCGAUAGGAACCGAGAGCAACGUUUUUGUUUCCACGCUUUUGUCUGUGUUCUUUGUUGUUAGCAGGGACUGUGGGCUUUUUCCCCCUCUGCCUCUAUACCCUUUGGUGAGGAACGUUUUACGCACAGGUGGGAGAGACCCGCUCGGCGUGUAGGACAGCCCCCCCCCCCCCCCCCCCACCUCUCUGCUCCUCAACGGAUGACGUGAGGAAGUGACAUUUUUCACCGCUGCGGUUCGGGACAACGCUGCAAACAGGUGUGCUGCUGUCCGGAUCACUUUUUAUUAUCAUCAUUUGGCGCGCUGGAAACAACAAGGAGGCGCCGUCCCAAAUCCCGAACCGAGCCAACCUCGACGCGGGACAGAGAAAGGACCGUCGAAGUGUGUUCUUGAUUAGCCUGGACUGUUUGAACGGCUUCAGACGGCGAGGAGCGGACAGAGGGCGCGAUGGCAACGAAAAAGGCGUACGUGGAUGCGCCCAAAAGGAGCCGGAGUCCGGUCGUGUUGGAGGCGGAGAUGUUCAGUGAAUUUCAAGACUGGUGCCUCCGGACUUAUGGAGACUCCGGUAAAACAAAGACGGUCACCCGGCGAAAAUAUAACAAAAUCAUGCAGACACUGUUGCAGAACGACGACUCGGACGGCAACAGCCACAUCAACGCCAAAUUCAAAUUCUGGGUCAAGUCCAAAGGAUUCCAAGUCGGCACCAACGUUCUGGGAGAGCACAACAAGAAAGGAGCACCGGGGAAACCCGUUCUAUAUGUCCCGGUCAAGUCAACGUGUUCAGAUGGGGGUUCAGCCCAAGACAACUCCUCCCUGAAACGUGUAGCUGUGGUUGAAGAUUUCUUUGACAUCAUUUACGCCAUGCAUGUGGAGAUGGGUGCUGACCCUGGCAGAGCGCCCAAGCAUGCAGGCCAAAAAAAGACCUACAAAGCGAUAGCAGAGACCUACGCCUUCCUGCCCAGAGAGGCGGUGACUCGUUUCCUAAUGAGCUGUGGAGAGUGCCAGAAGAGGAUGCACAUCAACCCCAACACUGCAGAGUUCAAAGAAAAUGACAGACCAACCUCACUGGUCCCAGACCUCAUUGAUUACAACAUGCCUCUUACUGCCACCUACCUGAAACAAAUGAAACUGCAGUGCAUGACAGCCACUGAAAGGGAUGACACUUCAGUGAGUAGUGAGGACAUGAACAGCACUGAGCCCACAUGGGUUGCAGCUGAGCAGCCGCCAGCGCUGGAGUCCAGUCCACCUAAUGGCGAGCGAGUCAGCAACCCAACAGCCACCAUUAAAGAAGAGGAUGACGACGAGUCAUCAGAGAGCGGUAGCGCCAAUGGGCUGCCGGCCCUGACCUCCCCGGAAGCGUUGGCUGUGGGUGGGAACCCCCCAGAUAGCGGGGUUCCUUUCGGGGAGGUGACAGAGAACGGGUUGAGUGCUCCACUGGAUUUCAGCACCACAUCAUCGUCCUCCUCCUCAGAGGAUCAACAGCCGGUCAGUCUGUGUGACAGACCGCUGCCUGUGGGGAGUUCACCUCUAAAUUCUUACCCUGCUGACCCCAACAAGAGACACACCAUCAAAAUGGAGUACACCAACAAGUCCCCUCCUUACAGCUCAGGUAGCUACGAUUCUGUGAAAACUGAGCUGAGCAUUAAUGCAGAGGACCUGACUUCCGCUCGGCCACAGAUUAUUGAUGAUGAUGACGACGACCAUGACGACCAUGAUGACAGUGAUAAGAUCAAUGAUGCUGAGGGUUUGGACCCUGAGAGACUCAAAGCCUUCAAUAUGUUUGUACGUCUCUUUGUGGAUGAGAACCUGGACCGCAUGGUGCCCAUCUCUAAACAGCCCAAGGAGAAGAUCCAGGCCAUUAUUGAGUCCUGUAGCCGGCAGUUUCCAGAGUUCCAGGAGCGCUCCCGCAAGCGCAUCCGCACCUACCUCAAAUCCUGCCGCCGCAUGAAAAAAGGCGGUUUUGAGAUACGGCCAACACCUCCUCACCUCACCUCUGCCAUGGCUGAGAACAUCCUUGCUGCUGCCUGUGACAGCGAAACCAGAAAUGCUGCCAAGAGAAUGCGGCUCGAUGUCUACCAAGUGACGGAAGAAUCUGGGAAUGUUGACAAGUCCAGCUCAAGAGACCCUCCGUCUGCCACGCCGUCAGGUUUCUCAAUUUCCGCAUCAGCUUUUGCCCAAGAUCAGCUCUACACCAACGGCGGCCUCAGCUACAACCUGCGGGGAUACGGCACAGUCAGCAACAACCAGCAGAACACUGAUGCGGCACAAACAAACGGUCCCACAGAUCUAAGUAUGAAAUCCGUGGGUCCAAACUCGUCCUCCUCCAGCUCCAACAGUCACGGACAGGGAGGCGGUGGUGGCGGUGCUUCGGCCCAGCUCAGCCCCCCAGAGGUCACAGCAGUGAGGCAGCUCAUCGCAGGAUACCGUGAGUCCGCCGCCUUUCUUCUCCGCUCAGCAGAUGAGCUGGAAAACCUGAUCCUACAACAGAACUGAGGCCCGUCUGGGGUGAACUGGACCAAACCGUGCCAAGACCUCCUCCUCGCCUGCCCGUCUUCUGUUGCGCUCCGUCAGACUGAAGUCGACACAAAGACACACACUGCAGCGUACAGUGAGUCCUUUACGUGUGGUUCCUUUGGUACCGUGAUGUACUUGGAGGGAUUAGAACAUAUCACAGGCUGAUGUUUAUUUAUGCAUUUGGUUCACUUUGACCUUAGUGCCCUGUUAUCUGUAGCCACUCAACCCAUUCAUGUCAUUUCACCACUGAAGCCUCCAUUUGUCUCAGG